GUGAGUCCAAAGAGCAAAAAGGAAGAAAUAGAAACCAAAGCCAUGGAGAAGAUGAUAGAACCACGGGACAACACAAGAGAAUCAGAAGAUGAGGAUGCGUUAAAGCUUCCAGGGUUUAGGUUUCAUCCGACGGAUGAGGAGCUUGUAGGGUAUUAUCUCUCUAAAAAAGUGCUUCUCAAAAAAACGAGCAAGAUUGAUGAGAUCGUCAGCCAAAUUGAUAUCUAUAAAUUUGAUCCGUGGGAUCUUCCAAGGUCGAGGAAUACAGAGAAGGAGAGCUACUUCUUUUGUAAGAGAGGAAGGAAAUACAGAAACAGCAUAAGACCGAACCGAGUGACUGGUUCCGGUUUCUGGAAAGCCACAGGGAUAGACAAGCCUGUCUAUUCCGAUGGAUCCAACAAAGCCGUGAUCGGUCUAAAGAAGACACUCGUUUAUUACCUAGGAAGCGCCGGGAAAGGAAACAAGACGGAUUGGAUGAUGCACGAGUUUCGUCUCCCUACAGCCAAUGACACAAUCCCCGGUGGCCCUACACACUCUAACCCUACUCCAACUUCCUUGCUACACGCGGAAGUAUGGACGUUAUGCCGGAUAUUUAAGAGAACUGUGUCUAGUCGAAAAUACACUCCGGACUGGAGAGAAUUAGCAAAUGGCAAACGUGUGAAGCAGCAACAAUCUAAUUACCAAGAAGCUUAUAUAAAUUUUGGGGACAAUGAAAGUAGUAGUAGUACCAACGUGAUGAACGUUAGGGAAGGCAAAGGGAACUACGAGAGAAGCGUUUUCCAGCUUCAGCAAACGCCUUAUCAACAUCAAAACCAGCCAAUUCUCAUGGACACCACACACGUUGAUUCGUUUCAACAUUUCUCCAACGAUAACAUUCACCAUGAAACCUACGAGACUUGGCCGGACGAGCUUCGAUCGGUUGUGGAAUUUGCUUUCCCACCUUCUUUUCUUAGUUAGAUCUCUAGAAUAAUUAACAACUAAUAUGUAUACAUAUUACAUAUUACUAGCUUGGACGUGUUGUAUCAUCAGAUCUCUACUGUAUACAUGGAUCGUGUGUAUAUGAAUAUGCACCUGUUUGAAUUCUCAGGUUGAUCCACACGUAUAUAGUAUGUAUUAAUGUCAAUUUAAUCUCGGGAACUAUUUGCAUAUUUUGUUUUA